AUGACCACCGGCCAAUUCCAGCUCUUCCCCCCGCCGCCGCCGAAAAACAAAUGCUCCAACAAUCCGUUUCGCAGACCGUCCAAGAAAGAAACGGCACGAGACCGAUCUCCCAGUCCGGUUCAGUUGGAAGAUCUCAAGUCCUCUGCCAAAGCAGAGUCGGUGGUGGUCCAGGUCGUCGAAGACACCACGACGAGCGAUAUCAAUCCCCCGCCGCAGGCACAUCUCAGCCAGUCGAGGUCUCCUGUGCCAGAUGAACCUGCCAAAUCACCUGUCGUGGUGAUAAAGUCCAUCUUCCCCCGCUACAACCCCAAACUCCCCCUCGACAAGCAAGAAUACUAUCCCCAGAAUGCCGGUUCCAACAGUCUCCCGCAGCCAGCUAGCCCUCAGAGUGCAGACAAACCCGUUCAUCCAGCAGACGUGGAUGCUGUUCUCGGGCCAAAAACAGUCCCGGCCAGUGUUGUGAAUUUCCCAACUGACGCCCUGGCCGUCGAAGAAGUCCGCUAUUCGUCCGCUGAGGAACUGCUAAAUCUAUGGGAAGCCGCCAACGGACAGCAGUUGCAGGGUCUGGGGACAUUCAAUCUGCGUAUGGAGAGGAUCAACGCCGCAACGUUCACGUUUGGCGAUCCUCAGCACCCGUUCUACACGCUCCAUACGUACUCGACCAACGAGCUCUCGCUCAUGCGGAAUCACCCCCUCAAGCCGAAUCGGAGCGUCCAGGUCAUGAUGCUGAAGCUCGAGGACCGCGCGCGCCGCCAGCCGCCGCACGACGGACUCGUAACGAUCAUCUUCUCCAAGUUGGCAGCCAUGCUAGCGGUCGAGCAGGCCGCCGAGCUUCGACGGCUACAUCAUCUGGCGCCGACAGAGGCGCUCGAGGUCGAGACCAAUGCCGUCAAACGGGCAGCAGCGCAGGAGUCGUGCCGUCUGAUCUGGAACGCGCGGCAGGGCCGGUACGAGCUUCAGCAUCCUGCUCUCCUGAAACAGAACGCGCCGUCGCUGGUCGGCGAGGACGGGAAUCAGCUCUCGCGCGUGCAGACGAAGAAGCCCGGCACGCUGCACAUCACUGUCUCCAAGCGGCCAGGGACGCAGCCGCCCAGCAUUCUCGUCACCAGUCCCGUGGCUCCCAACGCCGUCGAGGGCGCCGACUCGGCCGCCACGCCGCGGACAUCGACCCUGCCGCUGACGGACAACGACGAACCCUUGGCAUCGCUCGACCUGGGCAGCAUGUGCCUGUCGAUCUGCGCGGGGCUCACCACGACCAUCAUCCCGUCACUGUAUGCAAUCGACUCGCUUGUCGCGGCCAUCCUGGCGGUCGCCGUGUCGGACGAGGCGACGAACCCGGUCCUAGCAGACAGGGAGAUAUACACCCCUGGCCAUGUAUCUGUACAACCUCCGCGAGAGACGGUCCGUCGAAACAAGAUCCGCAACUCGCUCGCCGCGACGAGCACGCAGACGAAGCGGUUCACAGGGAAGCUAAUCGCGACGAUCGCCGAGCGCGAAGACGCAGAGGAAGAAGCGAUGCUGAUGGCGCAGCUGCGGUCGUCGACAGCAUCAUCAAAGAACAAAAACAAAGACAAGAAAAAGAAUAGCCAGUCAAAGUCGAAAUCGACCAAACAGAUCGUCAUCGACGAGAUCGACCUCGAGAAAUACGGCCGCUACGGAAGCAGCUCGUCGCGGGCAGGCCAGGAAUUGCCCGGCCCGACGCGGCUGGUCCUGCGCCUGAUGGUGUGGCUGCUCGAGGUGGUCGUGACGGCGCUGACGGCCGGCGUGAAGUGUCUGGCCUGGAUGCUGGUGAAUGUGACGCGGUGCUUGACGAGUGAGCAGUUUUAG